AUGCCUGUUCGAUGUCGUACCAUUUUAGGCAUUCUACUACUUUUUGUGGUUGGAGCACAUACACUUGUUGAUUAUGACUCGGAUUCUGGAAGGAGGUUUCUGAUUUGGGCGCUGUGUAUUGGAGCGACCAACCCGGAAAAAUGUGUGGAAACUGAGUUUUAUGGGCAGUUGAUUCUAGCCACAUUUGAAGCGGAUUGCUCAGAUUUGAUAUUUGCUGGAAAAUGUCGAGUAGUGAUUGACGUCGACGAUGCUUAUACACUGUUGGGAAUAACAUUCAAAGCAGAGAGUGAUAUCGAAAGUACUACAUCUACACUAUUGAAUCAGCAAACUCUAACAAAUUUUGGAACUUAUGGACAAGUGCAAUCGGAUUUCCUUACUGCAUUUGGAAGACUUUGGAAUAACGGACUUGGUGCUUAUAUGAAACAACUUUGGACGGAAUAUUGUGAUUUGUAUAUUUCGUUCAGUGGUUACUCAAUGGGAGCCUGCUUAGCACAGAUGGCUGCAGUAAGAUUCCAAGAGGAACAGUGGUGGCCUGCAGAUCAGAUGUUUUACUUUGGAUAUGGAGCACCAAGAUGUGGAAAUGAAGACUUUGCCUACUACGUGGACACUAGUCUGGCCGACAAGUUCAACAUCGUUUGGUUCAAUGAUGCUAUUCCGAACUACCCGGAUUCUACUUGCACAUUCGGGAGUGCAGCCGCAAUGGGGCAGUGUACCAAUAGCUAUUUCUCGUGCUGUACAACCAUUCACUACACGUCUUGGUCCAGUGUGGCAUUGAACACCUACUCUACCUGCACUUCUAACACGUGUCCUGUUGCAACCGGUACUGCAUCUGACCAUUACACCUACUUUGAGACGACAGCCGCCGAUGUUGACAGUCUGACUUGUACGGAUACCAAAAAGUUCCCAUGA